UAACGAGCGUAUAAACGUGCGUUUUAAAAAAAAAAAAACUAAAAAAAAAAGCCUUUGGAAAGCAGCCAACGCUGACAGUGACGUCACGAGACGUUCAACAUGGCGGUCUCGUCCCCAAUAAAAAAAACUGCCACUUUGAAGAGCUUUUGGGAGAGGAAAAAACACGCCCGCGCCGCGACCCUCGCCCAAUUCGGUCUCUUUCGAUGCGCACACGCCAGGUUGAUGUAAUCAAAUUGGAAGCGUGCGCUGGGCAAGUGUCUGCGGGUUUUUUCCCGCCGUGCAAAGUACACGCCACGCAUCUUCCUCCUCUUCCUCUUCCUCAUGGCCGCCAUACGUUUCCUCUUUCACUUUUAGCACGCACGUUUGCUCGCUUUCUCUUUGGUUAGAUAAGCGCGUUUCAGGGUUUUGACGUCAGUGCAAAUUUGCUUUAAUUGGGUCAAACGGACGCAUCCCUUUUCAACAGGAAGUGCAUAUUUCUUUAUAGUUUGCCUUUAAAAGCAAGCAUCCAAGGCUGUUCGUUGCAAGUUUGGAAGAAGUCAACGUCAAGAUACCAAGAGCAAACACCUCCUGGGUGUCUCCCAGGAGGCGCAGAUGAGGUCAAAGGUUGCCCGCUGACCAGCGAGCAGAGCGCCAGGAUGCUGACCAAUGGCAAGGAGGAGGAAGUGAACACAGACCCCGAGUCCAUGGAGGAGGCGGAGUUUAACUGGCAGGAGUACAUUGAGGAGACGGGGGCUACGGCUGCCCCCCACGCCGCCUUCAAACAUGUGGAGGUGAGCCUGCAGAGCAGCUUCCAGGUGGGCAUGAAGUUGGAAGUGGCCAACAAGAGCAGCCCAGACACGUACUGGGUGGCCACCAUCAUCACCACCUGCGGUCAGCUGCUGCUGCUGCGCUUCAGCGGCUACGGCGACGACCGCAAGGCCGACUUCUGGUGCGACGUCAUGACCGCCGAGCUGCACCCGGUGGGCUGGUGCGCUCAAAACCACAAGAGCCUCCUGCCGCCUGAAGAUAAGCUAAGACAAGCCAUCAAGGAGAAGCACAGCAACUGGACUCAGUUUCUGGUUGAGGAUUUGAGUGGCUCCAGGACGGCUCCGGCCAACCUGCUGGAAGGGCCACUGCGAGGUAAGAACACCGUGGACUUGAUCGUCCAAGGCUCCCUUCUGGAGCUCCGUGAUGUCGCCGACCCGUUCCUCUACUGGCCUGCGCGCGUCAUUCACAAUGUGGGCGGCAGGCUGCGUCUUCGUUACGCCGGCCUCUCAGACGACCACCAGGACACGUGGCUCUUUUACCUGGAUGUUAGGCUCCGCCCCUUCGGCUGGGCACGAGAGAACCAUCUCUCCUUGGAACCGCCCACAGAGUUCCAGUUCCUGAAGAGCGCCCCCGACUGGCAGCGGGCUUUAGAGGAAGCCCAGCGAGACGGACAGACGCGUUCCCUGCCUCUCGAGGUGUUCAAGGACCACGUGGAUCUGCCCAAGCACGCCUUCAAACUGGGAAUGAAGCUGGAGAUGGUUUCUCCCUGGGACCACCGCCACAUCUGCCCUGUGUCCGUCACCAAGGUCUACAGCGAGAAGCACUUCCAGGUCACGCUGGACGACCUCACUGCGGGCGCCAAGGCGCGGUCGGUGUUGUGUCACGCUGACUCGCCGGGCAUCGUGCCCAUCCAGUGGUGCAUGAAGAACGGCGUCAGCUUGGAGAGGCCGCGGGGAUACGAGGGUCAGGACUUCGACUGGGCCGACUACCUCAAGCAGAGCGGGACUGAAGCGGCCCCCGACGCCUGCUUCCCCGAUACCUGGCAGAAGCGGGUCUUCGCCAACGACAUGUGGCUGGAGACGGCGAACCCCGAGCGGCCGGCUGAGAUCUGCGUGGCCCAGAUCACACAAGUCCGAGGACGCCUGCUGUGGCUCCGACUUGAAGGUGUGGCCAAGCAGUUCUCAGAGACCAUCGUAGACGUUCAGUCUAUGGACAUCUUCCCUGUGGGCUGGUGUGAGGCUAAUGCGUACCCUUUGACCCCUCCUCUCAAACCUGUUUGUGGGAAGCAGAGGAAGAUAGCGGUGGUUCAGCCAGAGAAACAAUUGGCACCGUCUCACCGAAUUCCGACUCCUCCUGUCAAUCACUGCCAGUCUAAUCCUAGCGAUGCAGCUAAUGGACGCUACUGCUGCUCCAAAGUCUUUGUCAACCACCGCUGCUUCUCAGGACCGUACCUCAACAAGGGGCGCAUCACCGAGCUGCCCCAGGCGGUCGGACCCGGGAAAUGCACGCUGGUCCUCAAAGAGCUCCUCACCAUGCUGAUCAACGCCGCCUACAAGCCCGGCCGCGUCCUCAAGGAACUGCAGGAUCUGCAGGAGCCCGGCUUGGACUGCCAGCAGGAGACCCUGAAAGCCAAAUACAAAGGGAAAACGUACCGCGCCAGCAUCACAAUCGUCCGCCUGGCUGAGCUCAUCCCGGACUUCUGCCGCAAAGUCUGCAUGAAGCUGCAGUGCUGCCCCAACCUCAUCAGCCCCGUCCUGGUCCUGGAAAAGUGCCCCGAGAGCUGCUUCGUCCAGACCAAAACCAAAUACACUUGUUACUACAGGAAGAAGAGGAAGCUGUCCAAGCUGCUGGGAGACCAGGACACGGCGGCGGGAGAGGGCGUCAAACCCAAACGGCGCCGGAAGAAGAGGAAGAGCAUCUUCGUGCAGAAGAAGAGGCGCUCGUCGGCGGUGGACUUCACUCCUGCCGACUCGCCUCAGGAAAGCGAUGAGGAUGACGAGGCGUCGCGGUCGGGGAGCGAGGCCACCAGCUCGGAGCCGCGUGACGACCUGACGGACGCCUCCUCUGUGGAGGCGCCAGGCAGCCGCCCACGUCGCUCCUCGGCGCCACGCCAGACCGAGCAGCCGGCUGUGGACGACGAUGUCGCCAGCGGCCAGGAGGCGACGGAGGGACGCCGCAGGUCAGCACGGCGCCUCCUCAGCAAGUAUCAGACAAUCAAAGGAGAAGACGUGCAGGAGGAGGAGCAGCUGCUUCUGGACAAAAACCCUCUAGAGUGGAGCGUCCAGGAAGUGGUCCUCUUCAUCAGUUCUACGGACUGUGCCUCGCUCGCUAGCAUCUUUCAGGAGCAGGACAUCGAUGGUCAGGCCAUGCUGCUGCUGACUCUCCCCACGGUGCAGGAGUGCAUGGAGCUGAAGCUGGGCCCCGCCAUCAAGCUGUGCCACCACAUCGAGAGAGUCAAGCUGGCCUUCUACAGACACUACACCAACUGAUGCGCCCCCUGGUGGACACACCUUCCAAUCUUCUACAGACACUACGCCAACUGAUGCGCCCCCUGGUGGAAACACCUUCCAAUCUUCUACAGACACUACGCCAACUGAUGCGCCCCCUGGUGGAAACACCUUCCAAUCUUCUACAGACACUACACCAACUGAUGCGCCCCCUGGUGGACACACCGUCCCUUCUCAGGAAGUUGCCAGAUGUUUUCCCAAGCUGCAACAGAAAGAAGAACAAAAGCAUUUUCUCCAGUGACUGUCAGCGUGAUGCUACCUCUGUCAGCGUGAUGCUACCACUGUCAGCGUGAUGCUACCGCUGUCGGCGUGAUGCUACCACUGUCAGCGUGAUGCUACCACUGUCAGCGUGAUGCUACCGCUGUCAGCGUGAUGCUACCGCUGUCAGCGUGAUGCUACCACUGUCAGCGUGAUGCUACCACUGUCAGCGUGAUGCUACCACUGUCAGCGUGAUGCUACCACUGUCGGCGUGAUGCUACCACUGUCGGCGUGACGCUACCGCUGUCGGCGUGAUGCUACCACUGUCAGCGUGAUGCUACCACUGUCAGCGUGAUGCUACCACUGUCGGCGUGACGCUACCGCUGUCGGCGUGAUGCUACCACUGUCAGCGUGAUGCUACCACACCCUCAGAGCAACAAUUAAGUUACACCUUUUUCCAUUGUUGACAUGCUGUGAUAGAGGAGCACUCAUUUAAACCCACAAUGGACUCAUCAUGAAUAUAUUUCUAGUAUUUAUUUCCAAGCUCCCUUGUUCACAAAUGUGACUUUUAUCUAUUUUUAAUCAUUUCUUUGACUGUGUGUGUGUGUGUGUGUGUGUGUGUGUGUGUGUGUGUGUGUGUGUGUGUGUGUGUGUGUGUGUGUGUGUGUGUGUGUGUGUGUGUGUGUGUGUGUGUGUGUGUGUGUGUGUCUUGCUCUUGAACUCCCACCUGCUGUUUUUGUCUUCAUCAUCUAUGCAAUGUUUUUGAGAAGCAAGAAAAUAAAUUUCUAUUCAGGAA